AUCCCCAAUCAAUUCCACAUGGCGGCAUCCUCCUCCCUCUCGGACUCUUCUUCGUCUUUAACCGAACGCGAUAAUCGGCGUCGCCGCCGUCACAGGGAUCGGUCCGUGCUAAGUGUCCGGAAUGAAAAAAAAUCCCACACCAAAAGGCGCCACAAACGCCGCCGCUCGUCCUCGGAAAGCUGCAGCCAUUCGUCUUACUCAUCGUCUGUAGGCAGCUCUUCAGAUAGUGAUCACGAAUCAUCGAAACGUCAUACAAAACACAAACACAGAGAUAGAUAUAGCAAGAGUGCCACAUAUGUUGUUGUUUUAUGUUAUUAAUAUUUUUAUCGGGCCAAAUGUUUUAUUUUAAAUAUGUUAGUUACUAAGUAGUAUAUAAUGUGUAAUUGGGCCUAAAUUCUAGGAGUAGUUGCUAAGUAUUGUGGUAGUGAGCCUAAAAUCUAGGAAUAGUUACCAGGUAAUGUGGUAUUGGACCUAAAUUCUAGGGAUUGGUAGUUAUUUGGCUUCUAUAAAUGUUGUGGCUCAUUAUUUGUAAAAGUUAUCCAGAAAGUAAUUCCAUAUUUAUUAUUAGAUAUUCUCCUUGGCUUUAUUACUUAUAUGAGUUUAAGAUUCUUACUCAUAUUUUGAUAAAGAUUUUUCUUUUAUUAUUUUAUGAAGUUAGAUGCUGCUUUCAUAAGUUAAUAAAAACUUCCCUUCAUUUAUACUCCCUGCCACUCUUGAGUUCUAUCAUUUGGUAUUAUUAGAUCCAUAAGAUCUUUAUGAGUUCCUUGUGCAAAAAUUCAAUUUCUCCAUUUUCUCUAUACAAUUUCUUAUCUAGAAGUUAUUCUCCUCAUGAAGUACACAAGUUACUUAGCAUUAUAGCUCGCCUUGAUGUCAUUAGUUCAAAAGCUACAACAUGUGAAGUACGAGGCAAGGGUUUUCAACAUGUGCUAACUAGUAGUGGAGUCAAACCUCAUCGAUUUCAUCUAGAGGUGAAAGGAAAUAAAAUUCAAAACAGAAGGGUAAGGUUACAUUCGUUCGUAAGUCCAAACACCCUACCGUUGCAACCAACAACUUCAAUUCCUCCCAUCCAACAAGUAAUUUCCUUUGUGGUGACAAGGAAUUUCCAUUGCAACUCUAAGUUAGAGCUUGACAGUUAAUGUACACGUGUUUUCGUCAUAGUUCUCAAGGCGCCAAGGCGAGGGACGGCGCCAGCAAACCACCAGGACACCUAGUUGACUAGGCAACCAGCCGACCACGUAAGCGACUAGUCAUAUAUGAUAAAUAUAAUACCAUUUACAAAUAUUACAUAAUUCAUACUCCCUCCGUCCAUAAAAAAGCUUCCCACUUUCUUUCUUGGGAUGUCCAUAAAUUAUCUUUCCAUUUCUAUUUUUGGAAAAAAAAGAGCAAAAUGUCUCUUUUACCCUUGCUAAGCCAUAUUUCUCCUUCCUAUCAUUUUCUUUUUCGUCCCCUUCCGCCAGUAUCCUCAUCCCAAACAUUUUCUUUUUCUUCUGCUUCCUCCAUCUUUUUCCAUCGCCUUUAUCUUCCUCUUCCUCCAUCUUUUUCCAUCGCCUUUAUCUUCCUCUAUCGUUUUUCCAUUGCAUUCUUCCUCCUCUUUUGCCUUUAUCUCUCACCUCUGCUAUCUUUAAACCUUCUUUCAUGUCCCCACUGCACCACCUUGUAUUACACCAGAGUAGGAGUGCCGGAUCUCGCUGGAUCUUGCCGGAGCUGCACCACCUCUGUCGAAUCGGGACAAAGCCGUCUUAUCUCUGUUGGGAUUUGAUUGAUUGCGCCUCAUCCAUGUUAGAUCUGAACAACCCCAAAUUCAUCUCUACUAGAUCUCCAUUGAAUCUAAACAACAUUGGCUUUACCUCCUUCAGAUUUACAACAAUGACUCAGUGAGAAUCAUCACCAAUGGACUGAAAUUGGGAACUGGAGAUAAACAAAUAAUGUAAAAGGACUGUCAUGGUUGCUUUGUUAUUUACGGAGGAACAAAAUAUGUAAAAUUACUGUCAUGGUUGUUUAGUCAUUUGCGAAGGAGUAUGUAUAUGAGUGAGGCGACUCAUUUGUUGUUGAGGAUGAUCGAUAAAUUCGCACCUUUGUUCUGUAUUUUUGAUGGAGGGCGAAAAGAAUUGCCAUUGUUGUGUGGUUGAUUGAGGGAUGGGGGAAGGGUAUUUUGGGGAAGUCAAUGUCAUUUUUAACUUGCAUAAAUUUGCGUAGCUGGUCAAACCGGGAAGUUAUUUUAUGGACGGAGGGGGUAAAAUAUUGUUAUCCUAGAGUACAAACUUCAUACUCAAGAUACCUAAUGUUUCUUUUAAACAAAAUAAUGUACACACAUUUAUUAAUUCUACUUCUAGAUCCAUACCCUUUUUAACAAAACCGAUUGUAAUAGAAUUGAACAAUAUUU